UUAUUGACCUUGAACUUCAACAAUGUAGCUUCAAGCUUGUUCUUUGCUUGAACUACUACAAUUUUAUUUUCUUUCUUCUUUGAGCUGCAUAAGUUUCAACUCUAAAUUUGGGUUAGAUACGAGAGAGCAAAUAUUUGCUUCCUCUGACACAGAGCAGAUGGCGAACAGUGAAUCGAAUUCACUCCAACUGUCCGUGAAAUUGCCAAAAGGAGAAACAAUAGAAAUCCAAUGGUAUUCUAGUCAUUUAGUAAAGUCCAUCCAUGAGAAAAUUCUAAUGAAGUCUAUGAUUCCAGUUACUGAACAGAAAUUAUAUUAUCAGGGGAUACAGCUAGAGCGGGAGAAGAAGCUUGAAGCCUACUCGAUUAAAGACGCAGCUUGCCUCGAAUUGAUUAUUGGAUGCGAUGACACAUCGGAACCCUUGCAAGAGAUUCACCAAUUGAGUUCAAAAAUUUGUCGCAUGUGCCGAGACAAAUCUGUCUCCGAAGAUCCUAAUUCUGAUGACAUAGAGACGAUUGCCAAACUGUUGGCACCUGAAGCGGCAGAGAAAUCGACGAUUCUUAUGAUUUCGUAUUCUAUCCCUGCGACUUUGGUUAUGCUUUACAGGUCAGAAAUUAAACAACACCAAAGUCAUGCUAAUGAUUUGAUAAGGCGUUCCAUGCAUCAAAUAUUGAAUUGUCCAAAUGAUUUUGAUCAUAGAUGUAUAACUUUAGCAUUGGAAUUUUGUGUUCCGCUUAGAGAUCAAGCAUCUUAUGAAGAUACUUUGUAUCGGUCAUGCCGGACUACUGUAAAACAGUUGUUGGAUAGAGGUAACCUUAGUGUGCUAAACAUUGAAAUAUUAUCCCAAAUCUUACUCUUCCUUUAUGAGUUGGCGAUGAGCUUAGGUAAAGGACUAUAUCAAAUGCCCGGAUCUGAGUCACUGAAAUUUCAUUUGAGCGAAUUCCAGGCAUUUUCAUGCGUAUUACGGAAUGCAGUUUUUGGAAAAGAGUACGCCAAUGAGGAUAAUAAGCAUAGAAUUGAUUUCUUGUCAACAGAAUUUAAAUAUAUAUUGAAUGACCUGUUGACAAAAAUGGAGGAACAUCUCAGCCGUUUACCAGAAUUAGCAGAAAUGUUCCACACGAUUGGUUCUUUCCAUUCUGUUAAGAUUGCGUAUCUGGACAUUUUGAAAGAAUUGAAUAGUCAACUUUGGGAGGAUUAUCAUGAUCAAUUUCGGCUUGUAUUAAAGACCCAGCAGAUUUCACUGCGACUGAUACUUGAAAAGACUACAAGGAAAGAUGAUUAUCACUGGCUUCUUGAGCACAAUGAUGUGAUUGAUGCUGAAUCCAGGAUGCAUUUAGUCACCAUGAUGAUGAUCCCCGAGGAAAAAUUUCUGGAUUCAGAGUUCUACAAGCCACUCAUUCAUUGGUCUAGAUUUCUGGACGAAGAGCUGUUUCAGGCAUUCAAAGACAAGAAUCUCACCAGUCCCAAAGAAUUGCAGGAUUGGUUAUACAAGUUAUGCCAAGCUAUAUUCAAACCCCAAAAUCUCCUCUUUCUGUCGAGCCCAAAUGAUCCCACGAAGUUUUAUCCUAAUCCUGAGUUGAAGCUAGAACCAUUGCACUUGGACUGUUACGAAUUUUCUGGUAAGAUAAUUGCGUUGGCGUUGAUGCACGAACUACAAGUUGGUGUUGCCUUUCAUAGAGUGUUUCUUUUGCAAGUGGCUGGAAGGAAUAUUUCUACAGAAGAUGUAAGAGAUGCAUAUCCUUCUUUCUACAAUAACAAGGCCAAAGAACAGUUUCCUGAUGAUGAUCAAAUUCGGAAUGACUUUCUCAACUCUAUCUCUGAACAAAUAUCCUUUUUUAAGGAAGGCUUUGAUAGUGUUUUUGCACAAUCAAUUGUCGACCUGCUAUCUUUCAAGGGAAUAGAGCUAGAGGAUGUCAACUUGGUGCUAAAGGGAAACUUAAAUCUUGAAUUUGGAGAAAUAACACAUGUGACCCAAUGCAACAAUGAAAGUGAUCCUCUGAUGUCUCAGUUCCUCAAGAUCAAUAGACAAGGACUUGAUAUUAAGAAGUCAGGGUGGCAAAUGGAUCGUAAUAAGACUCUGGGAGGAGGGAUUUCUGGAAAUGUGUACAAGGGAUAUGCUGAUGGUGGUUUCUUUUUUGCCAUAAAGGAAAUACAGAUUAAAAAUAAAGCACAACUUGCCAAAAUUCAAAUUCAACAAGAGGUUAAUUUAUUGUGUCAGUUUAGUCAUCCAAAUAUAGUAAAAUAUUAUGGCACUGAAGAAGAUCAGUCAAAGAUUUAUAUUUUUCUUGAGCUUGUAAGUACAGGUUCCCUCAGACAAGUAUAUAAAAGUUUUCAACUGAAGAAUUCCCAAGUGUCCCGCUACACCAAACAGAUACUGGAAGGUUUGAAGUAUCUCCAUGACCGAAAGGUAGUUCAUAGAGACAUCAAAUGUGCAAAUAUAUUGGUGGAUGAGAAAGGUUGUGUGAAAAUUACAGAUUUUGGAUUGGCAAAAGUGACAGAAUUAGUUCAUCUUUUGAAGUCUUGCCAUGGGACAAUAGAUUGGAUAGCUCCAGAGGUUAUGAAAAAGGACAAGGAAUAUGGAGUUGAAGCUGAUAUUUGGAGCCUUGGCUGCACAGUCCUGGAGAUGUUAACUAGGAAAUAUCCAUACUCUCAUGUGAGUGAUUUCAAUGCAAAUCUAGAAAUGGAGGUUCAAAAUGGGACACUUCGAAAUCAUCUUCCUAAUUAUUCUCUAUCAGAGAAAGCGCGAAGUUUUAUCAUGGACUGCCUGCAAGUUGAUCCAAAAAAGCGUCCAACUGCUUCUCAGCUUUUGAAUCAUUCAUUUGUGAAGGACUCUUUUUCUUUUUUUACAAGUUAAACAUAAACCAAAUUUCAAUUCCAUUAACUGUGAUAUCUAAAAUAUUUUUUUCCA